UUAUAUUCACAAUAAUACUGUAAUAAUAAUACAAAUAAUUCAAACAACAAAUACAUUACAUUUCAUAUAUUAAAAUCAAAUGUCCAUUCAUUCAAUCAAUCAGUCAGUCAGACAUACAUUAAGAUUAUUGUUUGACUGAAUUGUCGGUUCAUUUAAACUAAACUUUUUUUUUUUUGACCGGUAAUUGAUUUUUGUUUAUCGGAUAGUGUCGGCGGUAAUCAUAUAUCCACUACCGAUCGGGUCAAUCAAUCAAUCAAUCAAUCGCGUGGUGUGAAGACAAACACACAUUGAUUUUGUGCAAACAAUUUAUUUGAUCGCAAAAAAACUAAAUUAAAUUAAUUUUUUUUAUAUAAUUUUAUUUUUAAAUUUUAUUUAUUGUGUGUUUAAAUAAAUAAUAAUAAUCUUUGUUUUGUGUGGUCGUUGUCGUCGUCAACGAUAACACCAAAAAUAAUUGUUAUUUUUUGACAAAAGAAAUCGGAAGAAGAAGUAGAAGAAGAAGAAAAACUGUUGGCCGCUUCUGGAUGUGUUAGCCGCAGCCGCCGCUAUGGACUCGACUAAUAACAAACAACUUUCGGCGACCAGACAACAGAAUUUCAAGAAUAAGGGCAAAGAUGCCGACGAAAUGCGAAGACGUCGUAAUGAAAUGUCUAUAGAGUUACGCAAAAACAAAAGAGACGAAACAUUGCAGAAGAGGAGAAACGUACCCAAUGUUGACGAUAGUCUACCCGAACCAGAAUCGACACAAGACUUUACAAGUUUGCAGGCAAUUGUGACAUCUGCUGCCAGUGAUAAUAUCGAUGAAAAGCUGAAUGCCGUCAAAGCCGCCCGAAAACUAUUGUCAAGUGAUAAAAACCCGCCGAUCGACGAACUGAUCCGAUCGGGUAUAUUACCGAUUUUGGUCGACUGUCUCAAACAGCAAACAUCGCCAGCUCUACAGUUUGAGGCUGCCUGGGCUCUCACUAACAUAGCGUCGGGAACGGCACAGCAAACACGGGCCGUUGUCGAAGCCAACGCGGUUCCCAUAUUUCUCGAACUACUUCAUUCGCCCAACGAAAAUGUCUGCGAGCAGGCCGUCUGGGCGUUGGGCAACAUCAUCGGCGACGGACCCCAACUUCGAGAUUAUGUAAUCAAAUUAGGUGUUGUCGAUCCGCUUCUUGAGCUAAUCAAACCGGAUAUGUCGCUGUCAUUCCUGCGUAACGUGACGUGGGUUAUAGUAAACCUUUGCCGUAACAAAGAUCCGCCGCCAACAGUCGACACCAUUCAGCGAUUGUUACCAGCGUUAGCCUAUCUGAUAAAUCAUACCGACGUUGCCAUACUAGUGGACACAGUCUGGGCUGUAUCCUAUCUGACCGAUGGUGGCAACGAUCAAAUUCAGUUAGUAAUCGAUAGCGGUAUUGUAGCCAAUUUAGUACCGCUUCUCAAUCAUCGAGAAGUUAAAGUACAAACAGCCGCCUUGAGAGCUGUAGGCAAUAUAGUUACCGGAACUGAUGAACAGACACAAAUGGUACUCAAUUGUAACGCAUUGUCUUACUUCCACAAUCUAUUGACUCACCAGAAAGAAAAGAUCAACAAAGAAGCAGUUUGGUUUCUAUCAAAUAUUACGGCCGGCAAUCAACAGCAGGUCCAGGCAGUGAUCGACGCCGGACUUAUACCAUUGAUUGUACAUCAUUUGGCCAAAAGUGAGUUCCUUACCCAGCGUGAGGCUGCCUGGGCGGUAAGCAAUCUGACCAUUUCGGGAAGCAAAGCACAGAUCUCUUAUCUGGUCGACCAGGGUGUUAUCGAACCGUUGUGCGUACUGCUAACAGUCAAAGAUGCACAGGUAGUUCAAGUGGUUUUGGACGCACUGAUGAAUGUCUUGAAGAUGGCCGGCACUCAGUACGCGUCGAUUGCUACCGAAAUCGAAAAGUGCGGUGGACUCGACCGAAUCGAACCGCUACAGAAUCACGAAAACGAAGACAUCUACAAACUAGCGUACGAAAUCAUUGACCAAUUCUUCUCCGAUGACAAUGAAGAGGAUCCCAUUGUGUUGCCCAAAGGCAACAACGAAAAUACCUUUGAGUUUGAUCCCAACUCUCAAAUACCGGAGUCAGGCUUUCGAUUUUAGUUUUAUUUUUUUAUUAAUUAAUUAAUUAAUUAUUAUUAUAAUUGAAUGACUUUUACACAAAAUCUAUGUAUAUUU